UGAGUAAAAAAUCAAUUGUCUUCGCUCGUCAAAUACGUACGUCACCGCAGUUAUCACGGAAAUAUAUCUAUAGACCGCCACGAUACAUAUGUCUUCACAAAACGGGUAAUACCUCAGUGUGUCCUGUACAGUUACAUUUUCACGAACUUAACGUUCGUUACUUGACAAAGUACUGCAAGAUUCGUGGCAUUUGAUCGUCUCGGCCUGGCGGCAUAGCACACCGGUACCGUGAGAGAGUUCCGGCCUGCACGGCCACGCUGGUUACCCUGCCCCAGCAUGAGGUCUCAUGCCUGGAUUGUAGUCAUCCUUAUCCUGGUACAUUUGUCGAGCAUAGAAGGAAAAGGCAAAUGCCCCAAGAGAUUUAAAAAACGCGGAUGUAGGCCUCUAGUGAUACCUAACACCGUCCGCAGCGGCUGCCGGCCUCCCUAUAAAUGUGGAGACGUGUGCCGCUAUGCCUGUGUCCCCGGAUGUGUGAGGCAGCGAGGAGCCACUGUCAGGACGUGUAGAUACGGCCGUUACUGGAUUGGUGGGAAAAGACUGAAGUGUUCAUGCAGUCCCUGUACUAGUGGUCCACCCGUGAUCAGGAAUGCCAACGUUGUUUGGGGCAGUGGCUGCUCGGCACCGUUCACAGCUGGGACAACCUGCAGUUACCAAUGUGACCACGGGCACAGCAAAGUGGGAGGGGCGGAAACAAAGAUGUGUGUCGACGGUGUGUGGAGAGGUUCCAGCCUGGACUGUGACGCCGUUCAAUGUCCGACACUGACCGCCCCAGAAUUUGGAUCGCUGACUCCCCCCGGACCACACUCCUACCCUAACCUGGUCACGUUCAACUGUGAGACGGGAUACGUACUGACCGGCGCUGGUGAUACAACCUGCCAAGCUAACGGAACAUGGAGUAACCUAGUACCAACUUGCACACCGGUCCAAUGUCCGGCUCGGGCGGCCCCAGCUAACGGAGCGGUGCAUCCUCACGGACCGGUCUCCUACCCGAACGGGGUCACCUUCACCUGUAACACGGGAUACGUCAUGAACGGAGCUUCUACUCCGACGUGCCGAGCUGACGGAACAUGGAGUCAUCCCGUUCCAACAUGCACACCGGUCCAAUGUCCGGCUCGGGCAGCCCCAGCUAACGGAGCGGUGAGUCCUACCGGAGCGGUCUCCUACCCGAACGGGGUCACCUUCACCUGCAACUCGGGAUACGUCCUGAACGGUGCUGCUGCUGCGACGUGCCGAGCUGACGGAACAUGGAGUCAUCCUGUUCCAGUAUGCACAGCCGGACCAUGUCCGACGCUAUCGGCCCCAAAUAACGGAGCUCUAAGUCCUCUCGGACCACACGGCUACCAAACCGUGGUUACCUUCACCUGUAACCCGGGAUACGUGCUGAACGGCGUUACUUCUGCGACGUGCCAAGCUGACGGAACAUGGAGUCAUCCUGUUCCAACGUGCACACCGGUCCAAUGUCCGAUUCUAUCGCCUCCAAUUAACGCUCAGAAAAUGUUCCAAUGA